CUGGGCUUAAAUUGACAGCUGGCAUAGAUAUGGAGGAGCACGAACACCCGCCGCCGUCUCCGGGUGUCCCGCCGGUGGAGCUGAAAGACUGCAUAGAAGAGCUACUGAAAUUCACCCUCAUUUCCUCCAUACAAGGCAAGAUUCAAACCGGUCUCUCCAAUGAAUACUGCGCCCACCUCCUCAGAGACGACCCAUCAAAUCCCCUUUACACUGACGCCGAUGUUUCUGAAGGAGUUCCAUUGUAUCCUUUAUACAAGCGACUAGCAUUGUCUCUAUACCAGUCCAUAUCUUCUGGAGUCUUAUGCACAUGUCAAGAAUUUAUACCAGCUCAUGAAGAACCGAACCGUAGGAAGAAAGAUGAAGAAUGGAAUAAGAUGGUUGCAGAAAAGGGUUCUGCUUUACUAAGUCUGGUCAGGGAAGUAAACUUUGAUCUUCAUGUUCAGGAGCCUUUCUUCUCUCUGCUCAGUGAUGGUCUAAAAACAAUCGAAGGAAGAUGUGCAGUUGGUGACUACAAGAGAAUCCGAGCUGGACACGUACUUCUCAUCAACAAGUGUUUAACACUUCAAGUUCAGUAUGUCCGGCAAUAUUCCUCAUUCCGCGAGAUGCUGGAAGUCGAAAAUCUGGCAAAUAUCCUACCGGGCGUGACAAGCAUCGAAGAAGGUGUCCAAAUCUACAGAAAUUUCUACUCAGAAGAAAAGGAAAGAUCGAAUGGCGUUCUUGCUAUAUAUGUUCAAGCACCAACCUCUCAGCUUCGUGUUAUCGCUGCCUCCAUACUCUCAGGUCUGGGCUGCGGUGGAGUGCAGAAACUUCUGGGAUUCGUAGAGACCGUGGGAUCAAAUCCGGAGUUACUUCCUCCAGCGCCAUCAACCCUGCUCUCCACAUUUUUGUCACCACAUAAUCCCGAUGUUAAAGGUUCAAUCCUCACAAACGGUGCCAGAGCUCUAGCAAAGCAUGUCAACCGAAGCAGCGAAGGAUACUGGGGCCUGUUACAUGGAAGCGACGAAGACAAGAAUAGGCAUGCUGCGGAGAUCAUCAGUCGCCUGCUGGCUGAGUGUAGCUGGAUGAACAUGCACAUUGUUCGACCGCAUGGGACCGUCUUUGAGAUCAGGAACGACAGGGGCUAUGGCGCACGGUGGUCUGUAGAUGGAAGUAAGUUUAUAGGAUUUUUGGAGCCGUAUGCGAUUGAUGGAUACACAAAGGGUUGGAGACACUAGUCGCUCUCUCGGACCCGACACGAAAGACGUUGUAUUGAUGAAGUGAAACGACGUCGAAACUUGAGAUGUCAUCGCUGGAGGUGGUUGUUUUUUAUAUAUAUGCGUUUAUUUUAUUUUGUAGUAAUGUUUUAUGUAUGUAAUUUAAUGUACUCUCCGACUCCGUGCACAUUUGUUGUUAUUUUUGUCUAUUCACCAAUAAUAUUGUGUAAUCACUAUAUUUUUUUACCAAAAAACUUGUCGUUUUUACU